GUCUUCAUGUCAUGACGCGCACCUGGGUCCGCUUUCUGUCCCGAGUGUCAUGCUCAAAGGCGCCCCAACGACCGCAGACGGAAAAGUAGUGGACAGACUCCAAGAAAGCACACGUGUUUACAAACCAUUCAAGCCACCGUCAGUCCUAACCAACACUGAGCACAACCAUCCUCAGCGUAAGCGCAAACGCGUCUCAUACAAGGAACAAACGAACGAGAAUAGCGACGAUGACGAGGACAACGGAAGAAAACGAAAUAAGAAAAAGAGGGAUAAUGAUGGGAUGUAUACCGAAGAAGAGCUUAAGGCAGCAAUCAAGAAGUAUCCGGUGUACAAGCCGAAACCCUUCGACAUGGUGCGGCGCUUCUCUAUGCCGACAAUGAGAAAGAAUGGGGAGGUCGUUCAGUUAGUUCCCACCGGUAUUGCACUCGGAAUAAGACCGCCAGCAACGUUUAUUCCACGGCCCUUGCAUGAUCCUAUGGAAGAUCAUGCCAUCGUACUCUAUGAUCCAACCAUAGACGAUCGCGAAACCGAGGAAGAGAAGAUGGAAAGGGAAAAGGAGGAGGCGAGAGAGAGGGCAGAAAGAGAGGCCGAGGAAAAGACUUCCGGAAUGUACAAUCCGCAUAAGAGUCUGCGCGCACUCUUGGGUGAGGGCAAGGACAAGAAGGCAAAGGUACCUAAGGUACCCGUGGUAAUCGACCCUCGCUUAUCGAAGGUCCUGCGACCACAUCAAGUCGAAGGCGUGAAGUUCUUGUACAAAUGCGCGACAGGCAUGAUGGUUGUGAACCAGUACGGCUGUAUCAUGGCAGACGAGAUGGGGCUUGGGAAGACGCUCCAGUGCAUAGCUUUACUUUGGACACUCAUCAAACAGUCGCCUCAUCCAGGGAAGCCCGCUAUAGAGAAAUGCAUUAUUGCUUGUCCAGCCAGUCUAGUUAAAAAUUGGGCUAACGAAUUAGUCAAAUGGUUGGGAAGAGACGCCAUCUCCGUCCUGGCCAUAGACGGUAAGGGCGGUAAGGCGGAACUGAUUGAGAAGGUCACCCGGUGGGUAGAAGCCAGAGGGCGGAGUGUUACACAACCUGUUAUGAUCGUUUCCUACGAGACACUGCGUACGCUGAGCCCCUAUCUGGCCAGCUGCAGCAUCGGUUUGCUCCUCUGUGACGAAGGUCACAGGCUGAAGAACUCUGAGUCACUUACAUUCCGGGCACUCAAUGCACUCGAUGUCAAGCGACGCGUCAUAUUGACGGGUACGCCAAUCCAGAAUGACUUGUCCGAGUACUUCUCGUUGCUGAAUUUUGCCAACCCUAAUUUUUUGGGUACCCGUGAAGAAUUUCGAAAAAACUUCGAGAAUGCCAUCAUCCGGGGGCGUGAUGCGGAUGCCACUUCGGAGGUACAGGCAGAGUGCGAAAAGAAGCUUAAGGAACUGGGCAAUCUCGUCGCCAAGUUUAUUAUCCGGCGUACAAACGACUUGCUUUCCAAGUACCUCCCUGUCAAGUACGAACAUGUUGUUUUCUGCCGCCUUUCGGAAUUCCAACUCGCAUUGUAUCGCUUGUUCAUUUCCUCCCCCGAGAUUAAGGCACUUUUGCGUGGAACGGAGUCUCAGCCAUUAAAGGCCAUAAACAUCUUGAAGAAACUCUGUAACCACCCAGAGUUGCUCAAUCUGCCCGAUGACCUCCGCGGCUCAGAAAAGCUUAUCCCGGAGGGGUUUGGAGGGGCCAGUACAACUGGAAGAAACAAGAACAAGCAUCAGGCCGUAAACUGCGCAUGGGGCGGCAAAUUUGUUGUCUUAGAAAGAUUUCUGCAUCAGAUUAGGACGACUACAAACGACAAGAUCGUGCUGAUUAGCAAUUAUACCCAAACACUCGACUUAUUUGAAAAGCUUUGUCGGAGCCAGCAAUAUGGUUUUUUUCGACUCGAUGGGACCAUGUCGAUCACUAAACGUCAGAAACUUGUCGACCAAUUCAACGACCCUAACGGCAAGGAGUUUGUAUUCUUGCUGAGUAGCAAGGCUGGUGGAUGCGGUAUCAAUCUCAUUGGGGCCAAUCGGCUUAUCCUGUUUGAUCCCGACUGGAACCCCGCUGCUGAUCAACAAGCUCUGGCCCGUGUCUGGCGAGACGGACAGAAGAAAGAGUGUUUUGUUUACCGAUUCAUCUCUACUGGGACUAUCGAAGAGAAGAUAUUCCAGCGUCAGGCAUCUAAGCAAGCACUUUCCUCUGCCGUUGUAGAUGAGAAAGAAGACGCAGAAAGACACUUUUCCGUGGAAGCGCUGCGACAACUCUUCACAUUCAACGAACAUACGCUCUGUGAUACCCACGACACGUUCAAGUGCAAACGGUGCAAGAACGGGAGACAAGUUAUUAAAUCAUCGGCGCUGCUCUACGGGGAUGCUAGCACAUGGAAUCACUUCACGAACGAAGAGCUCAAGGGAAACCACGACGAUCUCCUCCGCGCUGAGGUUGGUUUGCCUGAGGUGUCUUACGUGUUCCAGUAUAUCAGUCACUGAGUCUUGCUAUACACCCCUAUCCUGUAACGUACAG